AUGAGCUCCGCGCAGGACCCCUUCUACAUCGUCCGGGAGGAGAUCCAGGGCUCGAUUGGUAAGCUGCAGACUACUUUCCAUCGGUGGGAGCAAGUUUCUUCAAACACUGGAGAAUAUGUUCAUAUAACAAAAGAGCUUCUCACCAGCUGUGAAAGCAUCGAGUGGCAGGUGGAUGAGUUAGAAAAGACAAUUUCAGUUGCAUCAAGGGAUCCAGCGUAUUAUGGACUCGAUGAAGUUGAACUCUCCAGACGACGGAACUGGACUGGCUCUGCUCGUAAUCAGAUCGGUACUGUCAAAAGAGCUGUUGAAAAGGGGAAGAGCAAUCCUGCAAUGGCAAGACAUCAGGACAAUGGCACAAGCAGAACUAACUACUAUUCUUCCCAAGACAAUGAUGACUAUAUUGCUUCAGAAUCAGAUAGACAGCUUCUACUCAUGAGGCAGCAGGAUGAUGAACUCGAUGAGCUCAGUGCGAACGUUCAGAGGAUUGGAGGUGUAGGGCUUACCAUACAAGAAGAACUAUGUGGACAGGAAAGGAUCCUCAACAACCUAAGCCUGGAGAUGGAAACUACUUCCAACAGGCUCGACUUUGUGCAGAAACGAGUGGCGAUGGUGAUGAAGAAGGCCGGCAUCAAAGGGCAAAUCAUGCUCAUCCUCUUCCUGGUGGUCCUCUUCAUCAUACUCUUCGUUCUAGUGUUUUUGACAUAG